CACAGCAACAAGGAUACUUCUCCAAUAACUACGAGAUGUUGAUCAGUGUCAAGUUGUUUUUGUUACAACUUUUUACACAAGAAAUUAUUGCCAGAAACAGGACAGCAUUUUCUUUAAAGUUGGUAAACGAUCUACUGAAAAAUUAUGAUCCACGCGUUCUUCCUGUAACAACGCCCAAGGAGAAUGUCUCCAUUGCGGUGAACAUUGCUCUUAGACAACUGAUGAAGCUGGAUGAAAAAAAUCAAGUUAUCACACUGAAUAUUUGGAUGCGUUUGUGGUGGAAUGACCCUUUUCUCAGUUGGGAUAUUAAGGAGUAUGGAAAUAUUACACAGAUAAUUCUACCAUAUUCAAAUGUCUGGACACCAGAUAUUACACUGUUUGACAGUGCCUCAGAGGAAAUGAUGCCUGGUCAUAAGGAGUACAGGCCGAUAGUUCACCACAACGGCUCUGUCAACUACUUAUUCUCUACUAUAUUGGACAGUGUUUGUCGGAUUAAUGUUAGAUACUUUCCCAUUGACACCCAAGUUUGUCCACUCAAGUUUGCCUCUUGGUCAUAUUCAGGUGUGGAUCUCGACUUUUAUCCAAAGACACAAUCAGUGGACAUGGAAUACUACAUUACCCAUAACGAAUGGGAAGUGACAUCAGCUCACGUCAAAAGAAAUACGGUGUUUUACAAAUGCUGCCCGGAGCCUUUCCCGGAUGUGACGUUCUACUUAAAGAUCCGUCGCAAGCCAUUCUUUUACAUUGUAUCUGUCCUAUUCCCCUGUAUGCUGACGUCAUCUAUUGCCACCCUUGGGUUCCUUUUGCCACCAGAAUCUGGUGAGAAGAUUUCUUUAAAUGUGACAGUCCUGUUGUCUUUGGCAGUUUUUCUUCUCAUGGUAACCGACCAACUUCCUGCAUCCUCUGAACAUUUUCCGUAUGUAGGAAUGUACAUGGCUUCUCUGAUGAGUCUGGUAGCUCUGUCACUUUUAAUGACUGUUGUAGUACUAAACGUACACUUCAGAAAAACUUUUGGGAAUCGGGUUUCUCCUUGGAUGAGGUGGAUUUUUAUUCACCACCUUGGAUGUUUAUGUCGAAGUCCAAUAAGAAAAACUUUACGUAAGAAAUACGGUAACAAUAAGUAUGGUGACAAAAACAAGAAUGAAUAUACAGGCAACGAAUGUAAAAUAUUGUGCGAUUCUGAAAUCUACUUGAAAAACACCACAAGAGAAUUGCAAACAGAGGUAGAUGUACGACACAUAGGAAAUCCUGCUGACAGGACAGGUGAAGAUCUAUCAUAUGACAUUCAACAGAAUGUAAAUGACAUCAAUGAAUGGCAAGAGGUCGCUAUUAUUAUGGACAGAUUGUUUUUAAUCAUAUUUAUCGCAUUUUCAAUUACACCCACCGUUUUGUUUCUCUCUCUGAUGACUAGUGGGUAAUUCCAAGUUUAUUAAACCAAUACUCUUUAAAAGUUGUAAUUGUAGUCAU